AUGGAGACUUUCCAGAAAGAACCACUGAACGAAUCAUGGAAUCUUAAUGAAAGUGGAGCUGUGAACAGAACUGGGCAUCCUUUAAAACGCAAUGAGGAGGUGGCUAAAAUCGAAGUUGCUGUGCUGUUUGUGGUGCUGUUGCUGGCACUCGUUGGGAACCUGUACGUGCUGGCUGCACUUCAUAUCAGUAAACGCGCACAAUCAAGAAUGCACUUUUUCAUGAAGCACCUGUGCAUUGCAGAUCUGGUGGUGGCCGUUUUUCAAGUCCUUCCACAGCUCAUCUGGGACAUCACCUUUCGCUUCUAUGGGCCGGACUUCUUGUGUCGCCUGGUGAAAUAUCUUCAGGUGGUGGGCAUGUUUGCCUCCACCUACCUGCUUGUGUUGAUGUCAGUCGACAGAUGCCUUGCUAUUUGCCAACCGUUACGCUCAUUGCAGCACAGUAAGGACCGGGUGUAUGUUCUCGCCUCGUGGCUCCUCAGCCUGCUGCUCAGCCUGCCUCAGGUGUACAUCUUCUCCCUUAAAGAGAUGGCCCAGGGAGUCUACGACUGUUGGGGAGAUUUUGUGCACCCAUGGGGCACCAAAGCCUACGUCACGUGGAUAAGCCUGGCCAUCUACAUCAUCCCUGUUGCUAUUCUGAGUGUCUGCUAUAGCCUCACAAGUUUUAAAAUAUGGCAGAACUUUAAGUUGAAAAGCAGAAGGCAGCAUUGUGUGUCAAGGUGCCCAGGUGAUGGCAUGACACUUUCACGUGUCAGCAGUGUAAAGCUUAUCUCCAAGGCAAAAAUCAGAACAGUGAAAAUGACAUUCGUUGUCGUCCUGGCCUACGUUGUGUGCUGGACACCAUUCUUCUUUGUGCAGAUGUGGUCAGCUUGGGAUCCGAUGGCACCAAGAGAAGAAAUCCAGCAAAAUGCAGGUACCACCCGAGCACCAGAUAAAGAAGACAGCAUUUAG